CUAUAAGCAAUCCAAUAAGGAACGGAACCUGUUGAAAGACGUUGAUUGGUGAAUUUCCUAAGUUUUACAGGUUGACAUGUGUUUAUUCUCCGUAACAACCAUAAACAAAAUUAUUUGAGAAAUAGUUGCGAAAUAUUUACCAAUGUCAACCAGAAACUUAUAGGGGUCAGAUUGAAUUUCCACAUUGCUGUAGUUAUUAGUUACUAUUAUCUACAUUUCAUAUAAUGACGUAUCAGAGUUAUUUGGAUAUGAAACUUGUUAUACUUUUUGUCAGGACAAUAGUAUCAUUCACUUCUACAAGCUGACGACCAAAAUAAGCAGCGAUGAGACGAGAUUAAACCGAAAAAAAUAGUAUAUAGUAAGUAAUAUCAGAGACAAUUUUUCACUAUUGUAUCUAGAUUAACCACUCCACACCAGAAUCUUUAUAAUGAGUAAGUUAGUAGUUAAUACUUUAGGAAUAAGUACAGUCGGUAUAGCCUCAUAUUUUUGGGGUAGAUCAUCAUCAUCACCCUCAUCAACUGUUGUAGUUGAACCUCCUACUAGUAAUGUUCCGGGUCCUUUCAAUAAUGGAUCAAACAAAGUGUCAUCAUCAUCAUUCGAUGCUAGUUUAAUUAGACCACAAGAUUUCUUUAAGUAUGGGUUCCCUGGUCCUAUACAUGAUUUAGAAACGCGUUCAGAAUUUGUUAGUUGUUAUGAUCGUGCUACACGUAAUCCAUAUUGGGUAGUAGAGCAUAUUACCAAGGAUUCAAUUCAAAAAAAUAAAGAUGUUGAUAGAAAGAAUAGUGUAUUUAAAGAAGAUGAAUCUAUUCCAUUAAAGUUUAGAAAUAGAUUAAGAGAUUAUUUCCGUAGUGGAUAUGAUCGUGGUCAUCAAGCUCCAGCUGCUAAUGCCAAAUUUAGUCAAGAAGCUAUGGAUGAAACUUUUUAUUUAACUAAUAUGUCACCACAAGUUGGUGAAGGAUUUAAUCGAGAUUAUUGGGCCCAUUUUGAAGAUUUUGGUAGAAGAUUAACUAAUAAAUAUGAUAGUGUUAGAAUUAUGACUGGUCCAUUAUAUUUACCAAAAAAGGGAGAAGAUGGGAAAUAUCGUAUUAGUUAUGAAGUUAUUGGAUCUCCACCAAAUAUUGCAGUUCCAACUCAUUUCUUUAAAUUAAUCGUUGGUGAAAGUAAUGGAGAUGAAAAGAUUUCUGUUGGAGCCUUUGUAUUACCUAAUGAAAAGAUUUCAAAUGAUUUACCAUUAACUACAUUUCAAGUACCAAUUGAUGCAUUAGAAAGAUCAAGUGGAUUAGAUUUAUUACAAAAAGUUCCAUAUUAUAAUAAGAAAGAUUUAUGUAGAGAAGUUAAGUGUGAAAUUAUCGUUAGAGACUUUUCAAAGAUUAAUAGCAGUAGUAAUCUUGCCGGUUUACCAGCUCCUAAGAAGUAAAAUGAAUGAUAUUAGAAAUGAAUUAGUAAUCGGAGACAUACUUGGUAGGUAAAGGUAAAUGACGGGGUUAAAGUCAUACAACGUAUCUUAAAUGCGAGUUGGGUUCAUGUACAUAGAUUUAGAAUAGAAUUCAAUAAACUGUUGAGGUUAAACUUACUAAAUUUACUAAAUUUACUGGGGU